AGAACAGCUGAACAGGUGCAGGCCUUCAGAUUUUCAGAAGACCAUCAAACUGGGGUAAAGUACAGACUUCAGACCACGCAAGGAGUCUUGUCCAGCGCCUACUUCGGCCCACCUCUCCCUCUACCUAUGGCCGCCGCCGCCGCCCGCCGCUUACUUCGGCCCACCUCCUCCACCGCCUUGUCCAGCGCCCGCCGCUUCCUCUCCUCAACCGAUUCGCGACCUCCCAACCGCUGCUCCAACACGAACAGCCCCGUCUCCUUCGACUGGUCCGACGACGAGGGGAACCCCUCGGCACCUCCACCCGAAUCCCCGGCCAAGAACCAUGUCGUGACGCCACCCUACGACCCCUUCAGCAAGAAGCCCGCUGUCGCCGAUCCGGCCGACCCCACCAACCUGCAGGAGAUCUUCCACAAGAUGCGCACCGAGGGACUCACGGACUACGCCAUCAAGAUGUUCGACGGAUUGUCCAAGGACGGGCUCACCCACGAGGCGCUGGCUCUCUUCGCGGUCAUCAAGGACAAUGGCGCCAUGCCCGACGUCGUCGCCCACACCGCCGUCCUCGAGGCCUACGCCAACGCGGGCCCGGCCCACUGGCGCGACGCCGUGCGCACGUACAACCGCAUGCUCUCGUCCGGGGUCGCGCCCAACGCGUACACGUUCGCCGUGCUUGUCAAGGGGCUCGCGGCGAGCGACCGGUGCGCGGAGGCCGGCAAGUACCUCGUGGAGAUGCUCGACCGUGGGAUGCGGCCUAACGCGGCGACGUGCCUCGCCGCCUUCGAGGCGCACGUGAGGAUGGAGAAGGUCGAAGAAGGGAAGGCGUUGCUGGAGACGAUGAAGAAGAAGGGGUUCACGCUGGAUGAGGAGGCAGUGCGCGGCGGCACGGUCAAGCGCGGGCAUGUGUUCAGGGGUGUCAUGAACCUACUCUUUAGUAAGUGAUAAUAAUGGGGUAACGCAAUGUUUAGGACAUGUUGUGGCAAAAACAAUUGUUGGGUCGUAACUUGUUGGGAAUUUACGUGAAAUGUUGGUAUCAUCCUGUUUCUUGUACAAGGAUUUCACUGUGAAGUAACCUUUGGCAAUUGGCAUCCGAUCUCUACUUUGCAA